GGCAGCAGGUUAGGCAGUGAGAAGUUAGUGGCGCUGCUGGGACGGGGUAAAGGAGACGCUUCUUCCUCCUGCUGCUCUUCUAGUUCCCGGGAAUCAGCGGCGGCGGUGGCCGCGAGUGGCUUGGCACCGGCUCCGCGUGCGAACCAUGCUGACUGAUGGCGGAGGCGGCGGCACCUCCUUUGAGGAGGACCUGGACUCUGUGGCUCCGCGAUCCGCCCCAGCUGGGGCCUCGGAGCCGCCUCCGCCGGGAGGGGUCGGUGUGGGGAUCCGCACCGUGAGGCUCUUUGGGGAGGCCGGGCCAGCGCCGGGAGUCGGCGGCGGCGGCGGUGCAGGCGGAGGGGACGCGGCUCUGGAUUUCAAGUUGGCGGCUGCAGUGCUGAGGACCGGGGGUGGAGGUGGUGCCUCUGGUAGUGACGAGGACGAAGUGUCCGAGGUGGGAAGAAAAAAUAACCUUUUGAGGAGGAAGACAAAGGUUUUUGCCUUUAGUAUUUCAGGAGACGUAAGGGAAAAACAGGUUGAAUCAUUUAUUUUGGACCAAGAAGAUCUGGAUAACCCAGUGCUUAAAACAACAUCAGAGAUAUUCUUAUCAAGUACUGCAGAAGGAGCAGACUUACGCACUGUGGAUCCAGAGACACAGGCACGGCUAGAAGCAUUGCUAGAAGCAGCAGGGAUUGGCAAAUUGUCAACUGCUGAUGGUAAAGCUUUUGCAGAUCCUGAGGUACUCCGGAGACUGACAUCCUCAGUUAGUUGUGCACUGGAUGAAGCUGCUGCUGCGCUGACACGGAUGAAAAUAGAAAACAGCCACAAUGCAGGACAAGUGGACACUCGCAGUCUAGCAGAAGCUUGUUCCGAUGGGGAUGUUAAUGCUGUUCGUAAAUUGCUAGAUGAAGGCAGAAGUGUAAAUGAACAUACAGAAGAAGGAGAAAGCCUGCUGUGUUUGGCUUGUUCAGCAGGGUAUUAUGAAUUAGCACAAGUAUUGCUUGCUAUGCAUGCUAAUGUUGAAGAUAGAGGGAAUAAAGGAGACAUAACUCCCCUGAUGGCAGCUUCCAGUGGAGGUUACUUAGAUAUUGUGAAAUUAUUACUUCUUCAUGAUGCUGAUGUCAACUCCCAGUCUGCAACAGGAAACACUGCACUAACUUAUGCCUGUGCUGGAGGAUUUGUUGACAUUGUUAAAGUGCUCCUUAAUGAAGGUGCAAAUAUAGAAGAUCAUAAUGAAAAUGGACAUACUCCCUUAAUGGAAGCAGCCAGUGCAGGUCAUGUGGAAGUUGCAAGAGUUCUUUUAGAUCAUGGUGCAGGCAUCAACACCCAUUCUAAUGAAUUCAAAGAAAGUGCUCUUACGCUUGCAUGCUAUAAAGGCCAUUUGGAUAUGGUUCGCUUUCUACUUGAAGCUGGUGCAGAUCAAGAGCACAAAACAGAUGAGAUGCACACUGCCUUAAUGGAGGCCUGCAUGGAUGGACAUGUGGAGGUGGCACGUUUGCUUUUGGAUAGUGGUGCUCAAGUGAACAUGCCUGCAGAUUCAUUUGAAUCUCCAUUGACGCUAGCUGCCUGUGGAGGACAUGUUGAAUUGGCAGCUCUACUUAUUGAAAGGGGAGCAAAUCUUGAAGAAGUUAAUGAUGAAGGAUACACUCCCUUGAUGGAAGCUGCUCGGGAAGGACAUGAAGAGAUGGUGGCACUACUCUUAGCACAAGGAGCAAAUAUAAAUGCCCAGACAGAAGAAACUCAAGAAACUGCUCUAACUUUGGCUUGCUGUGGAGGAUUUUCUGAAGUUGCAGACUUUCUGAUUAAGGCAGGGGCUGAUAUAGAACUUGGCUGCUCCACACCUCUGAUGGAGGCAUCUCAGGAGGGACACCUGGAGUUGGUUAAAUAUUUGCUGGCUUCUGGCGCUAAUGUGCAUGCUACAACAGCAACAGGAGACACAGCCUUAACCUAUGCUUGUGAAAAUGGACAUACGGAUGUUGCAGAUGUUUUACUUCAAGCAGGGGCCGAUUUAGACAAGCAGGAGGACAUGAAGACUAUUUUGGAGGGCAUAGAUCCGGCCAAGCAUCAGGAACAUGAAUCUGAAGGUGGAAGAACACCUUUGAUGAAAGCUGCAAGAGCUGGUCAUUUGUGCACUGUGCAGUUUCUUAUUAGCAAAGGUGCCAAUGUUAACAGGGCUACAGCCAAUAAUGAUCAUACAGUAGUGUCACUGGCAUGUGCAGGAGGCCACCUGGCAGUUGUUGAGCUACUCUUGGCUCAUGGGGCUGACCCUACUCAUCGACUCAAGGAUGGUUCAACAAUGCUCAUUGAAGCUGCAAAGGGUGGCCAUACUAACGUAGUUUCUUAUCUGUUGGAUUAUCCAAAUAAUGUUCUGUCAGUUCCCACCACAGAUGUGUCUCAGCUCACCCCUCCUUCUCAAGAUCAGUCUCAGGUUCCACGUGUACCAAUGCAUACGCUUGCCAUGGUUGUACCUCCCCAGGAACCUGACAGAACUUCACAGGAGAACUCUCCUGCCCUUUUAGGGGUCCAAAAAGGUACAUCCAAGCAGAAGUCCAGUUCCCUCCAGGUAGCAGAUCAGGACCUACUGCCAUCUUUUCACCCAUACCAGCCUUUGGAGUGCAUAGUAGAGGAGACUGAAGGCAAGCUGAAUGAACUGGGACAAAGAAUUAGUGCUAUUGAAAAAGCACAGCUUAAGUCACUGGAAUUAAUUCAAGGUGAACCUCUGAACAAAGAUAAGAUAGAAGAACUUAAAAAGAACAGAGAAGAGCAAGUCCAGAAGAAGAAGAAAAUAUUAAAAGAACUGCAGAAAGUGGAAAGGCAGCUGCAGAUGAAAACACAGCAGCAAUUUACCAAAGAAUACUUGGAAACCAAAGGUCAGAAAGACACAAUAUCUCUACACCAGCAGUGCUCUCAUAGAGGAGUCUUCCCAGAAGGGGAAGGAGAUGGUAGUCUCCCAGAGGAUCACUUUUCAGAGUUACCUCAGGUUGACACAAUCUUAUUUAAAGAUAAUGAUGUUGAUGAUGAACAACAAUCUCCACCAUCGGCAGAACAGAUUGAUUUUGUCCCAGUCCAGCCUUUAUCAUCUCCACAGUGUAACUUUUCCAGUGACUUAGGUUCUAAUGGAACAAAUUCUCUUGAACUUCAGAAAGUAUCAGGUAAUCAGCAGAUGGUAGGACAGCCUCAGAUUGCUAUUACUGGACAUGAUCAGGGGCUGUUAGUUCAAGAACCAGAUGGACUAAUGGUUGCAACUCCAGCUCAGACGCUUACCGACACUCUUGAUGACCUGAUAGCAGCUGUAAGUACCAGAGUGCCCACUGCUUCCAACUGUUCUUCUCAGACCACAGAGUGUCUUACACCUGAAUCCUGUUCACAGACUACAAGCAAUGUGGCUUCCCAGUCUAUGCCUCCUGUGUAUCCUUCAGUUGACAUUGAUGCACAUACUGAGAGCAAUCAUGACACAGCAUUAACACUAGCUUGUGCAGGUGGUCAUGAAGAACUUGUAUCUGUGCUUAUUGCACGGGAUGCCAAAAUUGAACACAGAGACAAGAAAGGUUUCACACCACUAAUCCUGGCAGCAACAGCAGGGCAUGUUGGAGUUGUUGAAAUUCUUUUGGAUAAAGGUGGAGAUAUAGAAGCACAGUCUGAACGAACUAAGGAUACUCCACUUUCAUUGGCAUGUUCUGGUGGACGUCAGGAGGUGGUAGACUUGCUGCUGGCUCGAGGUGCAAAUAAAGAACAUAGGAAUGUAUCUGAUUAUACACCACUGAGUCUAGCUGCAUCUGGAGGAUAUGUUAAUAUCAUUAAGAUUCUGCUUAAUGCUGGGGCAGAAAUUAAUUCAAGGACUGGGAGUAAACUAGGUAUUUCUCCCCUGAUGUUGGCUGCAAUGAAUGGACAUGUUCCUGCAGUAAAACUGCUGCUUGAUAUGGGUUCAGACAUUAAUGCCCAGAUAGAGACCAAUCGGAACACGGCUCUCACCCUGGCCUGUUUCCAGGGCCGAGCAGAAGUAGUGAGUUUGCUUCUGGACCGAAAAGCCAAUGUUGAACACAGGGCAAAGACUGGUCUUACCCCUUUGAUGGAAGCAGCUUCUGGAGGGUAUGCAGAGGUUGGAAGAGUUCUUCUUGAUAAAGGAGCAGAUGUUAAUGCUCCCCCUGUGCCUUCCUCAAGAGACACUGCUUUAACAAUAGCAGCAGACAAAGGUCACUACAAAUUUUGUGAACUCCUGAUUCAUAGGGGAGCCCACAUUGAUGUUCGUAACAAAAAGGGAAAUACACCACUUUGGCUGGCAUCCAAUGGAGGUCAUUUUGAUGUUGUGCAGUUGCUAGUACAAGCAGGUGCUGAUGUAGAUGCAGCAGAUAACCGGAAAAUCACGCCCCUUAUGUCAGCAUUUCGCAAGGGUCAUGUAAAAGUUGUUCAAUAUUUGGUAAAGGAAGUAAAUCAGUUUCCUUCUGAUAUAGAAUGCAUGAGAUACAUAGCAACAAUUACAGAUAAGGAACUAUUGAAAAAAUGUCAUCAAUGUGUUGAGACGAUUGUGAAGGCUAAAGACCAGCAAGCUGCAGAAGCAAAUAAGAAUGCAAGUAUUCUUUUAAAGGAACUUGAUCUGGAAAAGUCAAGAGAAGAGAGCAGAAAGCAGGCUCUUGCCGCUAAAAGAGAGAAAAGAAAAGAAAAGAGAAAAAAGAAAAAAGAGGAACAGAAAAGGAAACAGGAAGAAGAUGAAGAAAACAAACCUAAGGAGAAUUCAGAACUACCAGAGGAUGAAGAUGAAGAGAAUGAUGAAUAUGUGGAGCAAGACGUUCCCAUAGAACCUCCUAGUGCAACCACCACCACCACAAUUGGAAUCUCUGCAACAUCUACAACAUUUACAAAUGUAUUUGGGAAAAAAAGGGCCAAUGUGGUGACAACUCCCAGCACCAAUCGGAAAAAUAAGAAGAACAAAACGAAAGAAACCCCUCCUACAGCACAUUUAAUUUUACCAGAACAACAUAUGUCUUUAGCACAACAAAAGGCAGAUAAAAAUAAAAUAAAUGGAGAACCUAGAGGUGGUGGUACAGGUGGGAAUAGUGAUUCAGAUAACUUGGACAGCACAGAUUGCAACAGUGAAAGUAGCAGUGGUGGUAAAAGCCAAGAGUUAAAUUUUGUGAUGGAUGUGAACUCCUCUAAAUACCCCUCACUGCUCCUUCAUUCCCAAGAAGAAAAGACCAGUACUGCUAUUUCCAAAACUCAGACACGACUUGAAGGUGAAGUGAAUCCUAAUUCCUUGUCAACCAACUACAAGUCAGUGUCAUUGCCAUUAAGCUCUCCAAACAUAAAGCUGAAUCUCACUAGCCCUAAAAGGGGUCAGAAAAGAGAAGAAGGGUGGAAAGAAGUUGUACGAAGGUCAAAGAAAUUGUCUGUUCCAGCCUCAGUGGUGUCAAGGAUAAUGGGAAGAGGAGGAUGCAACAUAACUGCAAUACAAGAUGUUACUGGUGCCCAUAUUGAUGUAGAUAAACAAAAAGAUAAAAAUGGCGAGAGAAUGAUCACAAUAAGGGGUGGUACAGAAUCAACAAGAUAUGCUGUUCAACUAAUCAAUGCUCUUAUUCAAGACCCUGCUAAGGAACUGGAAGACUUGAUUCCUAAAAAUCAUAUCAGAACACCUGCUAGCACCAAAUCUGUUCAUGCUAACUUCUCAUCUGGAGUAGGUACCACAGCAGCUUCAAGUAAAAAUGCAUUUCCUUUGGGUGCUCCAGCUCUUGUAACUUCACAGGCAACAACAUUAUCUACGUUCCAGCCCACUAAUAAACUUAAUAAGAAUGUUCCAACAAAUGUACGUUCUUCUUUCCCAGUUUCUCUACCCUUGGCUUAUCCUCACCCUCAUUUUGCUCUGCUGGCUGCUCAAACUAUGCAACAGAUUCGGCAUCCUCGCUUACCCAUGGCCCAGUUUGGAGGAACCUUCUCACCUUCUCCUAACACAUGGGGACCGUUCCCAGUGAGACCUGUGAAUCCUGGCAACACAAAUAGCUCUCCAAAGCAUAAUAACACAAGCCGUCUACCUAACCAGAAUGGGACUGUUUUACCCUCAGAGUCUGCUGGACUAGCUACUGCCAGUUGUCCUAUCACUGUCUCUUCUGUAGUUGGUGCCAGUCAGCAACUAUGUAUGACUAAUACCCGGACUCCUUCAUCAGUCAGAAAGCAGUUGUUUGCCUGUGUGCCUAAGACGAGUCCUCCAGCAACAGUGAUUUCUUCUGUGACAAGCACUUGUAGUUCCUUGCCUUCUGUCUCCUCUGCACCUAUCACUAGCGGGCAGGCGCCCACCACAUUUUUAUCUACAAGUACUUCUCAAGCACAGCUUUCUUCACAAAAGAUGGAGUCUUUCUCUGCUGUGCCACCCACCAAAGAGAAAGUGUCCAUACAGGACCAGCCCAUGGCAAACCUAUGCACCCCAUCUUCAACUGCAAAUAGUUGCAAUAACUCUGCCAGCAACACCCCAGGAGCUCCAGAAAUUCACCCCUCCAGUAGUCCCACUCCUCCUUCCAGUAACACAAAAGAGGAGGCACAGCCAUCCAGUGUGUCUGAUGUAAGUCCUACAUCAAUGCCUUUUGCAUCUAACUCAGAACCUGCUCCAUUGACUUUGACAUCACCCAGAAUGGUUGCUGCUGAUAAUCAGGACACUGGUAAUUUACCUCAGUUAGCUGCACCAGCACCUCGAGUUUCUCAUCGAAUGCAGCCCAGAGGUUCUUUUUACUCCGUGGUACCAAAUGCAACUAUACAUCAGGAUCCCCAGUCUAUUUUUGUUACAAAUCCAGUUCCUUUAACACCACCUCAAGGCCCACCAGCUGCAGUGCAGCUUUCUUCGGCUGUGAACAUUAUGAAUGGUUCUCAGAUGCACAUAAAUCCAACAAAUAAAUCUUUGCCACCUACAUUUGGCCCAGCCACACUUUUCAAUCACUUCAGCAGUCUUUUUGAUAGUAGUCAAGUGCCAGCUAACCAGGGCUGGGGAGAUGGUCCACUGUCCUCACGAGUUGCUGCAGAUGCCUCUUUCACUGUUCAGUCAGCGUUCCUUGGACACUUGGAAAACGUGCACCCUGACAACUCUAAAGCACCUGGCUUCAGACCACCUUCCCAGCGAGUUUCUACUAGUCCAGUUGGGUUACCAUCCAUUGACCCAUCAGGCAGCUCCCCAUCUUCCUCUUCUGCUCCUCUGACAAGUUUUUCCGGCAUACCAGGAACAAGGGUUUUCCUGCAAGGGCCAGCUCCUGUUGGGACUCCUAGUUUCAACAGACAACAUUUUUCUCCCCAUCCUUGGACAAGCGCCUCAAACUCAUGUGACUCUCCUAUUCCAUCUGUUUCUUCGGGAUCAUCUUCACCUCUUUCAGCCACUUCUGCGCCACCAACGUUGGGCCAACCAAAAGGAAGCAGUGCCAGUCAGGAUCGAAAGAUACCUCCCCCGAUUGGAACAGAGAGACUGGCCCGGAUUCGGCAAGGAGGGUCUGUUGCACAAGCCCCGGUGGGGACCAGUUUUGUCGCUCCCGUUGGACACAGUGGAAUCUGGUCAUUUGGUGUAAAUGCUGUGUCAGAAGGCUUAUCAGGUUGGUCGCAAUCUGUGAUGGGGAACCAUCCAAUGCAUCAGUUAUCAGACCCAAGCACAUUCUCCCAACAUCAACCAAUGGAGAGAGAUGAUUCUGGAAUGGUAGCCCCCUCUAACAUUUUUCAUCAGCCUAUGGCAAGCGGUUUUGUGGAUUUUUCUAAAGGUCUGCCAAUUUCCAUGUAUGGAGGCACCAUAAUACCCUCUCAUCCUCAGCUUGCUGAUGUUCCAGGAGGCCCUCUGUUUAAUGGACUUCACAACCCAGAUCCUGCUUGGAACCCUAUGAUAAAAGUUAUCCAAAAUUCAACUGAAUGCACUGAUGCCCAGCAGGCCAGUCUGCUUCCUUCAGUCCCUGCUCUCAAAGGGGAAAUCCCAUCACCUCAGCUAACCAGACCGAAGAAGAGAGUUGGACGGCCAAUGGUGGCCUCUGCUAACCAGAGGCACCAGGAUCAUCUACGACCGAAAGUUCCUGCUGGAGUGCAAGAACUCACCCAUUGCCCGGACGCCCCCCUGCUGCCUCCCUCAGAUUCCCGGGGUCACAACUCCUCCAACAGUCCCACCCUCCAAGCUGGAGGAGCUAAAGGAGCAGAAGGAGACAGAGGAAGAGAUACCCGAUGAUGCACAAUUUGAAAUGGACAUCUAAUCCAGUGCAGAUGAACCCAUGUGUGGAGUUACAGAGGAAUCCCUGCUGCCACCACCUCUUCCUGGGGCAUCCAAAGGCCAGCUGGCCUCAUCUAAUCUGGAAGGGAGUGACUUGUUAGUUCCAGGCCUCUUUAGUUCUGAGGCAUAGACCAGGGAUAGGAGUGGGCAACUUGCCAAGCCCUUAACUCUACUUCCUCUUCGGUCUGUGGGUACUUCUCCCAGCCCUAAACCAUCUAUAUUCAGGGGCUGGAACUGGGGAAUGGAAUAAGUCUCCUUCUGGCUGCUUAGUAAACAUUCAAAGAAA